AAACAAAAAUUAAAGACCAUCCCAAAAGAAGGCUAAUCCGGGAAAAAAAAAUGGGUAAUUCCCAUCGUGAUUCCUAGAUCUUCUUCAUUAUUUCCUUCUUGAUUUUGGAGGUCAAAACUUAAAAUCACAACCAAAUCCCAACACUCUCAAUUAACAAAUCACAAAAAUGGAAUCGAAAGAAUCAAGAAGAGAAGAAUUAUCAUCAGCAGAAGCAGUUCUUGUUGGAGCUUUGGCUCCAGGAGUCAACGCUCCUACUUGGAAUACACUAAAGAUUGCAUUUUUAAUGCUGGUCUUGUGUCUUGCUGUUAUGUUGGGCUUGGCUUUUUCCUCAAGUGACUUUUCGUUGACUCUCCAUGUUGCUUUCCUCUUUUUAAUAACUGGAACCCUCUUCAUACUCCUUAGCAGGUUUCUAGCAGAGACUGGGUUUGUUUCCGUGGAACAUCAAAUGGAGGAAAUAGGCUUAGCAACCAGAGAUGAAGAUACAAGCAAGAAGACCAGUUGAAGCUUUUAAAAUCAGUUUUAUCAUUACAUGCGAUGACUUUUCCCUUAAGAUUACAUUUUACACGGUACAAUCAUGAUGAUUGAAAGCUCAACCUUGAGCUAUCUUGUCAGAAAAGCAAAAGAAGGGGCGGCGUAGAUCCUUUGCUCAAUCCUUGCCAUCCUCAAGGUCGUGUAAAGUGUGCCUGAACUGAACAGCUCUUUCAAUGUUCCUCCGGUUCUUUCUCCUUCGACUUCCCUUUUUUCUGCUCAAUGAAGCAGAAACACGAACAACAGGGUAGCUGCAACAAGAAUUUUAUUUUUCUCUUCUUUAGUCUUCACAAAUGUUACUAAAAAUCGUUAUGUAUAUACAGGGGGCUUCGUGCUCUUGAUCUGUAUUCUCUCUUU